AUGGAUGAUUUGCAGGAGGCCGUCCGCCUUGCUCAAACAGCCCUCGACGCUACCCCAAAAAACCACCCCGAUCUAGCGUUACGGUUAAACUAUCUGGCGAAUGCUCUCGCGACCCGAUAUGACCGAACUGAAAACUUGGAUGAUUUGCAGGAGGCAGUCCGGCUGGCACAAGCAGCCGUGGACGCUACCCUGGAUGACGACCCCGAUCUGCCACACUGGAUAAACGAACUAGGGGUGUACCUCUUAACUCGAUAUCUUCACAUCGGAGACUUGAGUGAUUUACAGGUCGCAGUGGGCCUUAUCCGAAGAUCCCUGGAUGCUACCCCAAAAGACGACGUCUAUCUAGCAUUACGGUCAAAUAAUCUAGCGAACGCCCUCUCAACCCGUUAUGAUCGAAUUGGAAACUUGGGAGAUUUGCAAGACGCAAUCCGGCUAGCACAAACGGCUAUCAAUGUUACCCCAGAAGAUGACCCUGAUCUAGCACACUGGUUAAAUGAACUAGGAAUGUAUCUAAGAGCCCGGUAUGAUCGAAAUGGGGACUGGGAUGAUCUACAGGAGGCAAUCCGCCUUCUCCGGAAGUCAGUCGACUCUACCCAAAAAGGCGAUCCUGGUCUGCCAAAUCGGCUACGUAAUCUGGCGAGCAACUUCUCAACCCGAUACGAUCGAACUGGAAACUUGGAGGAUUCACACGAGGCAAUCCGACUGACCAAGACAGCCGUCGACGCUACUCCAGAAGAUCACCCAGAUCUACCGUCCCAGUUGAGCAAUCUCGCGAACCAUCUCUCAAGCCGAUACGAAAGAUUACGAAAUCCAGACGAUUUGCAGCAGGCAAUUCUGGUUGCCCAAAGAGCUAUCAAUAUUACCCCAAAAGACCACCUCGAUCUGGCUGUCCGGUUAAGCAGUCUCGCGAACCAUCUCUCAACCCGAUACGAAGGAUUCGGAAAUCCAGAUGAUUUGCAGCAGGCAAUUCGGGUUGCCCAAAGAGCGAUCGAUACUACGCCGAAAGACCACCUCGAUCUGCCUUUCCGCUUAAGCAAUCUCGCGAACACCCUCUCAAUCGGUUAUGAGCAGACUGGGAACUUAGAUUAUUUGCAAGAAGCAGUGCGCCUUGCCCAAAGAUCACUCAACAUCACCCCAAAAGACCACCCCAAUCUAGCAAUCCGAUUAAAUAAUCUAGGGAUCUAUCUAUCAACCCGAUAUGAUCGGACAGGAGACUUAGAUGAUUUACAGCAGGCAGUUCGCUUGGGUAAAACAGCCGCCGCUGCUACUACUCUAUACGGCGACGACCACCCUGAGGUGGCACUUAUCUCAAUUACUCUGGCUGGCAAUCUCUCAACCCGGUAUGACCGAACGGGAGAUUUGGAUGAUUUGCAAGAAGCAGUCCGGCUAGCGAAAGUAGCCGUCGACAGUAUCCCAGAUGACUAUCCUGACCUAGAACACUGGCUAAAUAGUCUAUCGGUCUUUCUCUCAAGCCGGUAUCAUCGAAUGGGAGACUUCAAAGAUUUACAGGAGGCAGUCCGGCUGGCUGAAACAGCCGUCGCCACUACCCAAGAAAACCACCCCGAUCUAGCAAAUCGGUUACUGAACCUGGCUAGCAACCUCUCAGCCCGAUUUGAUCGAUCUGAAACCUCGGACUUGGAUGAUAUACAGCAGGCGAUCCGGCUUACCCAAAGAGCCAUCGACAGUACACCAGAAGACCACACCGACUUACCACAUUGGUUGAACAAUCUAGCCAUUUACAUCUCAAAACGAUACAAUCGAACUGGAAAUUUGGUUGAUUUACAAGAUGCAAUCCCAGUUGCUCAGAAAGCCGUCGACAAUACCCCAGAAAAUCAUCCCGAUCUGGCACCCUGGUUGAAUAAUCUAGCGAUCUACCUUUCAAUCCGCUAUGAGCAUACACAUCAGCAGAAUGAUAUGAUCGCGGCUUUGAAGCACUUCUCGCAAGCCCUUGAUUCGUACAAUGCAACUCCCCGCCAUCGCAUCGAAGCUGCCCGUCGAGCGAUCAACCUUCUUGUUCCGUAUGGUGACUUUGAAAGGGCUCAAUUGCUAGCUGGCAGGGCACUAGAUCUCCUGCCUCUCGUAUGCAGCCGCUACCUUUCCCGGGAAGACCAGCAGUAUGCCAUUCAGCAGACGUCGGGCCUAGCUGCCGAAGCAUCCUCUCUUCUCCUCCGAACAGACAAUGAUCCAGCUCGAGCUUUAGAGUACCUAGAGCAUGGCCGGGGCCUCAUCAUUGGAUAUCUCAUUGACAGUAGGGGUGGUACCUCAGAUCUGUCCACUAAGCAUCCCGACGAAGCGGAUGAAUUCGAUCGGCUUCGUCACAGGGCUUUUAUGCCUAUUCGCCAAGAUCACCCGCUUGAGACUCGCCGACAUUUGUUAGAAGACCGUGAAGAAGCCAUAUCACGCUUAGAAAACUGCCUGGCGAAUAUCCGGAGACUAGAGGGGUUUGAUCAAUUCCUUCUUCCACCUUCCUCCGAAGCCUUACAAACAAAUGCCACCGACGGGCCGAUUGUGGUUGUGAAUGUCACAUCCAUCAGUAGCGAUGCCUUGAUUGUUCGUCCUUCUGGAAUCAAGCACAUUCGAUUACCCAGCUUUGGUAUAUCGAAAGCUAACCAAUAUCGAUCCUGGGGACUGACCCGCAGCCCAUCGAGAUUGAUUGAGCUGAAAGAGACAGGAGGGUUGAAUACCUUUCAACAGCUUUUACGUGAUUUGUGGUUCGACUGUGUUCGUUUAGUGUUAGAGGAGCUAGGGUUUCUCUAUCCUGCAAGCGACAGUGCACUUCCUCGCAUUUGGUGGAUUGGCACCGGCCUUGCGGCCUCCCUUCCCUUCCAUGCGGCGGGCGAUCAUUCGCCAGGCUCACUGGAGAACUCUUUAAGUUGCGUCCUUUCCUCAUAUACACCAUCAAUCAAAAUGCUACAGUUCGCAAGGGAAAAGACACGUGUCACACUCAGCGCACAGUCGGUCUUGCUGGUCACAAUGCCAAAAACCCCUGGUCAAGAUGAUCUCCCUGGUGUGAUGGCGGAGAGCCAAGCAAUCCAGGAAGCAGUCACCACGCCUCAUACAGUAAACUUAUUGACUCAGCCAAGCGCAGAGAUAGUUCUCCAGGGACUCCAAGAUUGCAGUAUUGCGCAUUUUGCUUGUCAUGGGUCGUCAGACAAGCGCGAUCCCUCGAACAGUUUUCUGGCCCUUCAAGGGCAGUCUGAUUUGGCUGCAGACCGUCUUACAGUCAAGAGAAUCUCCGAGUCCCAUAUGAAGAAAGCCUGGCUUGCAUACCUUUCUGCCUGCUCCACCGCAGAGAACCAAAUAUCUGAAUUGGCAGAUGAAGCCCUCCAUCUUGCAAGCGGUUUUCAGGUCGCGGGCUUUGCACACACAGUUGGGUCAAUGUGGUCAUCGAACGACGAAAUUUGUGCACAAGUAGCUGCCAUUUUCUAUCGUGAGCUCAUCACGGAGGGUGGGUUGGCAGAGGGUAACCGGGCUGUCGCGACAGCGUUGCAUACGGCUGUGAUGACCGUCCGCGAACAAAAUUUGGGAAUGCCAUACCUGUGGGCCCAAUACGUUCACUUUGGUGCCUGA